AUGACGCAUGUCAACAUCUUCGUCCUCCCGAAUGAGAUCUGGAGUGAAAUAUUCCGCAUUGUCGCAUUUUCGCAACCCAUCAGCAAUGUGCACCAUCUUCGAAGCGGCAGGACGUGGUUAUCGAUCACGCGCACUUGCUUGCUAUGGCGUAAUAUUUCUUUGGGGGACGCUCGCUUGUGGAGCAAUGUCGUCCUUCAGCUGCCUUCGUUGGCCUGGGGCAAGGAGUUUCUGGCCCGGGCUGGGGCAGCAAUGGUCGACCUCACAGUCCGCUGCUUGACCGUUCCGCCUUCACACGAGGUCUCUUCUAUAAACGCUCUCUCCGAGACCGCAAACCUCAUCUCGACACACCUCUCUCAUACUCACAGUCUACGCAUACACUCGAGGCAAAGGAAUAUUAUUGAAUACCUCCUGCAAAGCUUGGUAGCAGGUGCCGGUCCCGUUGGUAUACGCUCUCUCUGUCUCGGAUUGGAUGCAGGGGUAUCGGAGGGUAGCACCAUUGCUGCCCCUGCAUCCAUCCUUAGAGCCGUCCCUCUCCAGACUUUGGCCCUCGAUUGUCUAUUCUUCGAUUGGAGUUCUGGCAUCUAUACCGGUCUCGUCCAUCUAUCGCUGCAUGCUCAAGACCGUUUGUGUGCGCCCUCCAUGCAGACCUUCCUGUGCAUCCUCGAGAAUUGUCCGGCCCUGGAGACUUUAGAGGUUGUCGAUGCGGGACCCUUGCACGAAGAGGAUCAUUCUGCAUAUGAGCCUGUGAUGCUCUCUCGACUUCGUCGUCUGACUUUGCAAAACUGGUCCAAGGAUCUCAAAUACCUGCUUCAAUACCUAAUUUUUCCGACGUCAGCGCAAGUAACCCUCGCUUUCACGGGAUCGGGAGAGAAGUAUAAUGAGGUGUCCGACGUCUUUCCUCCAGCGUGUACCCCGCUGCUAACCAAAGCUGCUCGGUCACACAUCACACAUAUACGGUCUCUAGGAGGGGACCACAUUACCGGAAGACUCGAAGUGUACGCCGAAGAUGGCGCAGAGCGCGGCUCGGCGCUGACCGUCAUCGUUUGCUCGAUCUAUGCCGCAAGAUUGGUUACAGCCCUGGCAUCCUUCUUCUCACAGUACACAGAACAUCUCAUUAUCCGCCAACCACUGUGCGCAUCCCCCCUUUGGCUAGACCAUUUGCACAAGUAUUCCCGCUUGAGGGCAUUGGAAACCGAUGUUAACGCUGCGAAGCUGGCCUCGACCCUUGACGAGGUCGACGAGCAAGGGAAUCUGAUAUGCCCAAAUCUCACUACCGUCAUAUACGCUGGGGAGUCUAGGCUCUCUCCAGAAGAGAGGCGGCAAAUUCUCCACUCCCUCGAGUCCCGCAGUCGGCCUGAAAAUCCGGACGUCAAGGACGGCGAUAAAGCUGACGAGCCGGAGAGGAAGACCUGGCCCCGUACGAAGAUUAGUGGUGUGCAGCGAGGCUACAUCUUCAACUGGCUCAGGUGGCUGGCAAACGGACGCGACGAGAAGACGGGCGUCGAGAUGAGACAAUCCAUGCGUUAUGCUUUGCACCAAGAUUUUGAACGUCUAUCACGCAGCGCUACUCACAAGGGUUGCCGCGCUGGAGUCAGUUCCGGAUAUCGAGAAGGACUGGCAUCCAGCAAUGAUAAACAGGUGCUGGAUCUGAUCCAUCCCUCCCUGUACUGCUUCCGCAUCGGCAAGUCGGCGGUGAAGAACGCUGACGAUGGUACGUCCCAACCAUAUAUUCAGCAGAGGCCAGAUCUAAUUCAUCACACGAAUGAGUCGCCGUACUACCUGUCUGAGCAGCACCAGUGGCUUCCUACCGACUUUGAGGUCUCUGAAACGGGCGAGGUUAUGAACGUCUCGUAUAUCAAUAAUCUCCACCCGGACCGCAAGUCGUUGUAUGCAACGCUUAACUCGAUCGUCGAGCAAACUGAUCCUUAUGGGUGGUACCAUGGUCGCGUUACGCCAGAGCCUGAAGAGGAGGACUUUAUGGAAGAAUAUGAUGGAAAGCAGGAGGUCGGGCAAGCUUUCUGGGAUGCAUUGGACCACUGGAAACGCAACCAGAGACCCUUUAUUCCCGAGCCCGACCCAUUCAUGGCACCCGACGAAGAUGAGAAGGUUCUCCGAGUCUUUAGUCUCAAGGGUCGCGUCGUACAAGUCAUCAUCAAGAUGGCCAAUAUUAUGCUGACUCCCGAAAAGCCAGAGUACGCUGGUGGGUCAUGGCACGUCGAGGGAAUGGAGAACGAACGGAUCGUGGCUACCGGCAUUUGA